GGCAGUCAUUCUUUAAAUAACAUAUUAUUUACUACUCAAUAAAAGAAGUUUUUUCUUUUAAUGUUAUUAACGUGUCUGUCUUAUAGGGUAUAUUUAGACUAUAAUCUGAUUUUCAUAAAAAUCUAUAAUUAAUUGGAUUCAUUUGAGUGACAGAGAAGUUAAAAAUUCUUCCUUAUUAUUGAUUUUCUUUCUCAGUUUAAUAUAAAUUAUGCGUGUGACAAAUUUACUUUGGUCACAGUAGAAAAAAUAUACCUAUGUUAUGAAAGGAACUUAACUGCACUUUAGCACGAGACCAAUGAAUGAAUCAAUUUAUUUAUGUCAAUAUUGGAUUACAUAUAUUUCAAUGUAAGAAAUUUAUUGGUUGUGAACUACACAAUGGGGAAGUUAAUCAAUUAACCAAUAGAAAGACCGGUUAUGAAUCGUGAAUUACAGGUGAAUUUAAAAAAAAAACAAAAAGAGAAUAUUAUUAUUUCAAAAUUCUACAACUACUUCAUUUUCCUGAAAACAGUUUGAUAUAGUAAACAGGUAGAUGGACAGUGCUGAAAGUAAACUAAUGAAGAUUAAAGUUGUAUUUCACGAUCUCGAACAAGAACGGGAACAACAUUCAGUGGAUGAUGGAGAAGAAGACGAAUACAUGGAUAACAUAGAGCCGUUACGUCAAACUACUCAAAGAAAAUCAAAUGAAUCCUUGCCAACUUUACUGCAACGAGCUCAAUCAAGUGAUUCACCAUUUGUGAUUGGGAAUAGAGAGAAAACCAGCUUGAAUAAAUUAACAUCAUCUCGUUCAUUGGGUCGUGGAAAUGUUAGGAGACCUAGUGAAAUUUCAAUCAAUGACUUUCUGUCUAUGCCUCCAGUGCUUGAAAGUAUAGAUGCUCAGCGUAGAUCGACAUUGCAUUCAGACGAAAAACACAAUCCUUUAGGCAGACGUGGAAGCACGCCAUCUGAAGAAAAUAUAGAGAAAAGUAAACCACAAGAAUCAAAUGAUGAUGAGUGUGGUGCUGUCAACAAUGAAUAUAAACAUGGAUCACACUAAAACUGAAGGGAAGGAGAAAAAGAAACACUAGGAAUUGGAGUAUACAAUAUCUGUGAAAGUAACUUUAUACAAAUGGAGCAUUUUUAUUACAUAUGCUAACGAUUUUUUCUGUUGGUCAAACUAACUUUCAUGUUUUUGAUUGAUUUCUGUUAUUAUAAUCUGUAAUUUUUUA